AUGGACCCAUCAAUAAUUCCACUACAGGCUACCAUCGAACCUGAACCUACCGCCGCUGCCCGUGUAGCUCAUGCCGCAUCCGGCGGCCACCCACCCUAUACUGAGAUGAUAACGGCGGCGAUAGCGGGGUUGAAGGAGAAGAACGGGUCGAGUAGAAGGGCUAUAGCUAAGUUUAUAGAAACUCAGUACACGAACCUGCCCCCAACUCACUCGACCUUGUUGACUCAGAAUCUGAAUCUAUUGAAAAACAAUGGUCAGAUUGUCAUGGUCAAACACUCUUACCAGCUUCCAAGAUCUGCUCCUGUGCCCGUGGCCGGAAACGGAGCUGUUAAUGUCCCUUUUGAUCUCAAUUCCGUUGGGUCCAAAAGGCGGCCUGGUCGCCCUCCUAAACCUAAGCCCGAUAACGUUCAAAAUGCUAUACCUGUUUUUGUUCCUGUGGGCCAAAAUUCCGUGACCACAGCUCCGCUGAACCCACCGAAUAUGGCGGUUGGGCCGGGGGCUGUGUACGUUUCUGUUGGACCCAUUAAUGGGGCUGCUCCUGCUGCUGGAGUUGGGGUGAAAAGAGGUCGCGGGCGUCCACCAAAGCAAGAUGGGGCUAACCCUGGUGUGUCGAAGAGGGGGCGGGGUGGUCGUCCGAAGAUUGUUGGGGCUCAGCCAAGUGGUGUGGGGAGGCCCAAUACAGGUGCAGCUGCAGGGAGGAAGGGGUCUGGGAGGCCACGAGGCAGGCCGCCAAAGGCUAAGGAUGUGUUGGGAGGUGUAGCUCCAGCUGCACCUGCUGUUGGAAUGGUGGAUCCUGUUGCAGUUGGGCUUCCUUCUGGUGAUAAAUUGCCGGUUGCUGCUGGUGGAGUCCCUCCGGCGAAGCGGCGGGGGCGACCUCCAAAGGCUGGUGGUGAAACAACAAAGCCCAGAAAACCGCCUUCCCGGGAGCCUAAGAAGCCCAGGAGGCCUUCUGGAAAACCUGUGGGCCGGCCCGGAAAGAAUCCAUCAGCAACAGCAAUUCAAAUUCCGUACUCCGAAGAGGUUACUCAAGAUCUUAAAGGCAAACUUGCGUAUCUGCAAUCAAGAAUCAGGCAUACUGUGAACACGAUAAAGCCAUGCUUAAGUGGAGAAACUGCAGUUGCUGCAUUACUAGAGCUUGAAAUGUUGUCAACAAUGGAUGUUGAUGCACUGCCAAACGUUCAGAACCAACAACCACAAUAG